GGAACACGGCCUGCAGGCAGUGGACACAAAGGCGGAUCUUGGGCGGACUGGAAGUACGAAAGUGCUCAGCGAAGCCCAGGAGUGCCAGCUCACCAGUAUUUGGCAGCAGCGGGACGUGCGUGACCGAUGCGGACUACGUCUCCCAUGAGGCCAUGCGCACUAUAACAGGUCCCCCCAGGUGGCGCCUAAGCAUUGUGGGAUUGGAUGAGUCUCAAGAUGGACAACCGGGAUGUUGCAGGAAAGGCCAGCCGAUGGUUUGGGGUUGCUCCCCCCAAAUCUGGAAAGAUGAACAUGAAUAUCCUUCACCAAGAAGAGCUCAUUGCUCAGAAGAAACGGGAGAUUGAAGCCAAAAUGGAACAGAAAGCCAAACAGAGUCAGGUGGCCAGCCCCCAGCGCCUGCACCCUGGCGAAGUUGCAGACACACAGAACUCCUGCAUCUCCAACAAGUUUGCCAACGAUGGCAGCUUCUUGCAGCAGUUUUUGAAAUUGCAGAAAGCGCAGACCAACACAGACCCGCCCCCCAGUGCCACACCGAGUGCGCCUACCCCCAGUGUCAGCACCACGAAGAGGCCCCUGCUGCUGAGCAAGCGGGCAGGCCUGGGGCUGGGCAGCCCUCUGGGCCAGGUGAAGAACUACUCACAUGCCAAGCAGCUGCCUGUGGCACAGCGCCCGAGUGUCUUCCAGGCCCCUGACGAGGAUGAGGAGGAAGACUAUGAGCAGUGGCUGGAGAUCAAAGUUUCACCCCCAGAGGGAGCCGAGACUCGGAAAGUGAUAGAGCAAUUGGCCCGCUUUGUGGCAGAAGGAGGCCCCGAGUUAGAGAAAGUAGCUAUGGAGGACUACAAGGAUAACCCGGCGUUCGCGUUUUUGCAUGAUAAGAAUAGCAGGGAAUUCCUCUACUACAGAAAGAAGGUGGCUGAGAUAAGAAAGGAGGCUCAGAGGUCUCAGGCAGCCCCUCCGAGAGUUUCACCCCCAGAGGACGAAGAGGUCAAGAAUCUUGCAGAAAAGCUGGCCAGGUUCAUAGCAGAUGGGGGUCCCGAGGUAGAAACCAUCGCCCUCCAGAACAACCGUGAGAACCAGGCCUUCAGCUUUCUGUAUGAACCCAACAGCCAUGGCUACAGAUACUACCGGCAGAAGCUGGAGGAGUUCCGGAAAGCCAAGGCUGGCUCCCCCAACACCCUCACAGCGCCUGACCUCGGCCUGAGGCGCAGGUCCCCUCCUGACACCCUGGCAGGGGCCCCACCCCCAGCCGCCGCCUGUCCUGCCCCAGCCGUCCCUGCACCUGCCAUGCCCCCGGCCCAAGCCAUCCCCAGUAAGCCAGCCUCAGCCUCCACGGCCACUGCCAAGCGAAAGCGGAAGAGCCGAUGGGGCCCUGAAGAGGACAAGGUGGAGCUACCACCUGCUGAGCUGGUGCAGAGGGACGUGGACGCCUCUCCCACACCCCUAUCAGUGCAGGACCUCAAGGGGCUUGGCUAUGAGAAGGGGAAGCCUGUGGGUCUCGUGGGUGUCACAGAGCUGUCAGAUGCUCAGAAGAAGCAGUUGAAGGAGCAGCAAGAGAUGCAGCAGAUGUAUGACAUGAUCAUGCAGCAUAAACGUGCCAUGCAAGACAUGCAGCUGCUGUGGGAGAAGGCCUUGCAGCAGCACCAGCAUGGCUACGACAGCGACGAGGAGGUGGACAGUGAGCUGGGCACCUGGGAGCACCAGCUGCGGCGCAUGGAAAUGGACAAGACGCGGGAGUGGGCCGAGCAGCUGACAAAGAUGGGCCGGGGCAAGCACUUCAUCGGGGACUUCCUCCCCCCAGAUGAGCUGGAGAAGUUCAUGGAGACCUUUAAGGCCCUUAAGGAAGGCCGUGAGCCCGACUACUCCGAGUACAAGGAGUUCAAGCUGACGGUGGAGAACAUCGGCUACCAAAUGCUCAUGAAGAUGGGCUGGAAGGAAGGCGAGGGGCUAGGCUCCGAGGGCCAGGGCAUCAAGAACCCGGUGAACAAGGGCACCACAGCAGUAGAUGGCGCGGGCUUCGGCAUUGACCGGCCAGCCGAGCUCUCCAAGGAGGACGAUGAGUACGAGGCCUUCCGCAAGCGGAUGAUGCUGGCGUACCGCUUCCGGCCCAACCCCCUGAACAACCCGAGGCGGCCGUAUUACUGA